GCAGAUUCGUAAAUAGAGCAAGAAUUAAAGCAUAAUUUACAAAUCUGUAUCUAAACGACCCUCCUGAAUAGAAUAAUAAUAAUCGAUGUUUGGUCGUGUGUGAGCAUAAAUGUGCAACAAGUAAGUUUAUUUAAAGCUAUUGAUAUGGCCAUGUCUAGCAUUUUAUUAAUGCGUAAAGGUCUUUCAAUAAAUGGUUUUAGAAGUUUAUGGACUUGUAGAGUUUUAUUCAAUGAUCAAAUUAAAAAUGAUACACAAAAAUCAAAUCAGAAAUAUAGUAAUGAAAGUGAAGAAGAAUAUGAGAAAAAUAUCAAAUCAAAAAUUCUUGAGGCAUCUUUAAAAUAUGUUCAUGAUCUAGGAUGGAGUCAUAAAGCCAUCAGUGCUGGUGCUGAAUCUAUUGGAUAUCCUGGGAUAAUUCAUGGAUUGUUCCCUAAUCGAGGAGCAGAUUUGGUUCAUUAUUUCUACUUAACAUGCAACAAAGAGUUGAAUAACAUCCUUAAAGAGCAAACUCUUGCAAAUCAAGAAAAUCGUAAAGAAACAAAAACACUAUUAUUAGAAGCACGUAAUGCUGUUGAGACAAGGCUUAGAAUGGUGAUUCCUUAUAAGAAAACAUGGCCACAAGCUUUAGCUCUUAUGUCUCUUCCACCUAAUGUACCAAUGUCACUAGCUAAUUUACUUACUUUAGUAGAUGAUAUUUGCUAUUAUGCUGGUGAUAGAUCAGUUGAUAUAAACUGGUAUACUAGAAGAAUAGUAUUAGCAGGUAUUUAUAAAACUACGGAAUUAUAUAUGAUACAAGAUAAUAGUGAAGAUCAUCAGAAAACUUGGUAUUUUUUGGAUAGACGAAUUAAAGAUGCUACACAAAUUCAAAUGAUUCUAACAACAACUUCUGAUAUGGCUUUACCAGAUCAAGCUUUGAAUCGUGCUACUGAAGCUGCAACUGCUGCUUUUGUUACAGCACGCAAUAUACUUGGACUGAAUUGGAAUAGGUAGAAAAAAAAUUAAUACUAUAUAAUACUGUAUGGUAUUAAUUAUUACUAGAUUACUAAAAUGAAAGCACAGAAUAUGAAUUCAUUUGUUACAAAUGAAAAUUUAUCAAAAGAAUUUAUGUACAGAGUUUAUUUAGCAGUGGUAUUAAAAAAAUAAUAACAUUAAAGGGAAUUAA